GCCAAACACGGACACGCAUGAUACGCGCUGCAUUCCGCAACCGACAGACUGAGAAGGUGAUUUCGGUUCAACCGCUCUUCUCCCCAGUCGACCGGCCAUUUCUCGGGUUGAAAUGUAAUUACACAGAAGCAAGGGCAUGUGCUCACGUUACCUUUGGUUGACUAGACUGCAGCUGGGCGGUGCUUUGCUGCACGGGCUACAAAGUCACCAGAGAACAAAGUUUGAAAUGAGUCCCUGCGAAACAAACCUGUGCAACGCGCGCCGAGCGAGAGACCGAUAAUGGAUUCAGCCAAGCGGGAUGAACACAUGAGCGAGCACGCCGCCAACCUACUGGGGACGGGACAGAGGUCCAAACGGACACAAAGCGCCACCAAAACAAAGUCAAGAUGCUUGAAAGUCCUCUGUGCGGUCCUUCUGCUUGGCUUGCUGGCUUUAAUUCUCACAGUCAUAUUUAUACUCAAACACCGUUGCAGUGAUAAAGAUGCUAUUAGCUGUAGAAACCGCUGCUUGUCCAAAAGUCGUGACUCUACCGCUGUGUGCCACUGUGACGCUGCGUGUGUGAACGAAGGCACCUGCUGUCUGGACUAUCAGGAAACGUGUUUAGAACCAAGUCAGCGCUGGACGUGUUCUAAAUUCCGCUGCGGUGAGGAGCGUUUGCUGAACAGCCUCUGCUCCUGUUCUGAAGACUGUGUGACGGAGGGGGACUGCUGCUCAAACUACAAGAGUGUAUGUGAAGGUGAAAAACCUUGGCUGGAAGGGGACUGUGAAGACAUCAAG